AUGGCACCCUUUCUCUCAACACAAAGGGGGAUCCCCCUCUCGGUUGAUCAAUUCGAAAAUCACCUCCCUUCGAAGGGCCCGAUUGUUCAAGUUAAGGAAGAACUUGCGCAAUUUUGCCUCGAGCUAUCCGCAGAUCUAGAGGACUUCUGUGCCAAAUCCGGAAUUACUUCCCUCCAAAUCCUCCUCGCAGCAUGGGCUAUUACGCUCCGUUACUACACCGCUUCGGAAUCAGUGACCGUCGGAAAUAUACUAUGGCAGGACGACGGGACAUGUUCUAGUGGCAAAUAUGAGGUGGGAUUAGACGACGAUAUGCCUCUUCUUCGAGCAGUUGAACAGCUUAAGCACUGCUCAGGCUGUGAUUCUGGUGAUAGUAAUGGCACUUCACCCGAUAUUACAAUGGUUGAUGCUUUUGUGAUACAAACUCCCUCAACAUCAGCGCUCCCAAUUAAUAGCUGCCCUGUCUUUAAUAUAAGAGGAUGUAAAAUUCCUAUUUCACAUACUAUCACCGUUGACACAAUCAACAAUGGACUCAGGGAGCAAGUGGAAUUGGAAAUGCACCUCAAUGAAUCAUUGGGGAAGCAUAUAGCAAACAUGUCGAGGACUUUCGAACAGGUUGUAGCUGAGAUGCUUCGCAAACCUACCGGAAAGUUGGGAGACCUGGACCUAUGCAAUUCCUGGGAUAUUACUACACUGGCCACCUGGAAUGGUGAAAUAUCAAAUGAAGGAUCUGACAAGUGCGUCCAUGACAUGAUUAGCCAGCGUUGUGCCGAGGACCCGAGUUAUACUGCCAUCCAAUCCUGGGACGGAAACAUGUCAUACGGAGAGCUCGAUGAGCUUUCGUCUGCUCUAGCGGUACGACUGAUAGCUUCACAUCCUAACGUUGGUCCCGAGAAAUUCGUCCCGUUGCUAUUCGAAAAAUCUAAAUGGACUGUGGUGUCUCUGCUUGCAGUGAUCAAAGCCGGUGCUGCAUUUGUACUGCUAGAUCCUUCUUUGCCACUCAAACGCCUUGAGGAUAUCUGUCGCCAGGUCAAAGCAGCUGUUGUUAUUACUUCACCUCAACAUGCCGUGCUUGCUAGUACUUUGGAAACUCCCAUGUUUAUUGCCAGCGAAAAAACGGUUGGAACACAUAACCCUUUGAACUACGAUGGAUCUUCGGUUCAGUCUUCAAAUCCUCUUUAUGCAAUUUUCACUUCUGGCUCCACCGGAAAUCCAAAGGGAAUUGUCAUUGAACAUGGCUCUUUUCUUUCUAGCGCCCUUGCAUAUAUUAAAACUGUGGAUUUAAACCGGACUUCCAGGGUCUUGCAAUUUGCAUCUUAUGCAUUCGAUGUUAGCGUUUCUGAUAUCUUGUACAGUUUACUGUCUGGGGCUACGCUUUGUAUCCCUUCUGAUGCUGAACGUAACAAUAGUUUGCUAGAGUUGGUUGACCGGCUGAGGCCGAAUUGGAUGGACCUCACACCAUCUUUCUUGAGAUCCCUUUCACCCUCAGACCUUUACACUGUCAGGACAAUCGUUCUAAGUGGAGAGGCUAUGACUCAAGAUGUCAUCAACAAAUGGGAUAGCGAGGUACGCCUGCUUAACGUAUAUGGGCCGGCCGAAUGUUCAAUCCAGUCUACGGUUCAAACUGCUGUUGCAGCUGAUCCAGUGAACAUCGGCCAUGCAAUCACUGGAGCCUCCUGGGUAGUUAGUCCAUCAGACCACAACCGUCUGAUGCCGAUAGGCGCCAUUGGAGAGCUUUUGAUCGAGGGAUCCCACGUUGGGCGAGGUUACAUAGACAACCCAGAAAAUACCCGCAAGGUCUUUAUCCAAAGUACGGAAUGGCUACCGGAGUUCCGUAAGGACCACCAGGCGCUUUACAAAACCGGUGACUUGGUACAAUACCAGCCAGAUGGCUCUCUGAGGUAUAUUGGCCGAAAAGACACCCAGGUGAAAUUGCGCGGACAGCGUAUUGAGUUAGCGGAAGUUGAGCAUUAUGCUCGAGAAUGCUUCACCGAGGCCAGAGACGUCGUUACAGAAAUGGUUAAACCCCAAUAUGAAGGUGGAGUCCCCAUGCUCAUUGCAUUCGUCUACUGCCCGGGUAAAUAUGCUGGGGCCAACGACAGUGACCCAAGAGAUGGGGCUAUUUUUGCCGAACCGGACGAUUCUUUCCGCAACCGCAGUACUGAUGCCAGAGAGAAGAUGGCUAAUAGCCUCCCUAACUACAUGAUCCCAACCGUCUUCAUCCCACUUGCCCGUGUCCCCCUUUCCACUACUGGGAAAACGGAUAGGAAACUCCUAAGAUCCCAGGCCGCUGCUCUACCCCGAGCCAAUUUGGAUUCUUACUCCAUGAAUAUCAACAAGGCACGAGUCCUACCAUCAAAUGAUAUGGAAAAAUGCCUUCAUUCGGUUUUUGCUGAAGUGCUCAACCUUGCUCCCGAAAUGCUCAGCAUCGAUGAUGACUUUUUCCGCAGUGGCGGAGAUUCCAUCACGGCCAUGCAGGUCAUCACUCAAUGUCGCAAACAAGGGAUUGUCUUAGCACUCGGCGAGAUCUUCCGCUUGAAGACAAUAAUGAAGAUUGCAAAAGGUGCUACAUUUGGAGCUACCGCCUCCCUUUCACGCCAGCAACAAGAGGACCAUAUCGGAGUACCAUUCGGUUUAUCCCCAAUCCAAGACAUGUAUUUCGAAGAUUGCCCUGAAGGACACAACGACUUCAACCAAAGCUUUUUCCUCGCAUUUGCCCGACCUGUUGGAGAGGUUCAAUUGAUGAAUGCCUUAGAACUUCUCAUCACUCGACAUUCAAUGCUUCGGGCCCGUUUCCACCGUUCUCUGGAAGGCAAGUGGACACAAAGCAUUUCCCAGGAUGUACUCGGCUCCUACCGCUUGAGAAGUCACCAAUUGUCACGUAGAGAGGAGGUGACAGCUGUGAUGGUAGAUAGUCAAACAAGGUUAAAUCCUCAAACUGGGCCUCUCUUCUCAGUCGACUUCAUUGAAAUUGCAAAUGACAAGACUCAGUACAUAUUCCUCGUGGCCCAUCACCUGGUUAUUGACCUGGUAUCCUGGAGAAUCUUACUUGCGGAGCUAGAGGAAGUUCUGGAAACCGGUACCAUUUCACAAGAAGUCCCCAUACCGUUUCAAGCCUGGUACCGACUGCAGUCUGAGUACGCUCAGAAACAUUUGCCACCACAAAAGGCCCUACAUUUUAGACCUACCCCCAUAGAAACAGAUUACUGGGGCAUGAAAGGCCGAAAAAACAUUUAUGGAAAUGUGAUCCACGCGCAUCUGAAAGUUGAUGAAGGCAUAACAUCUAGGUUGCUUAAGGAUGCUAAUCUAGCAUUUGAUACCCAGCCGGUCGAGAUUCUGCAUGCUUCACUCCUCCAUUCGUUUAUGAAAUGUUUUCCAGAUAGGGAGCCACCACUGAUCUUUAACGAAGGCCACGGACGAGAACCAUGGGACAGUUCAAUCGACAUCUCUAGAACUGUAGGUUGGUUUACAACUAUCUGGCCCACAGAAGUCUUAGUGGAUGAUAGAAACAAUGUUGUCGACUUAGUCCGUCGCGUCAAAGACGGAAGACGAAAGGUUCCCGGUAGAGGCUGGCCUUACUUUGCUUCUAGAUAUCUAAAUGACGAAGGAAGGGUAGCUUUUAACGGAUAUACGCCCUUCGAAGUUGUUUUCAAUUUCCAUGGGCUUUACCAACAGCUGGAACGUAAGGAUGGUCUACUCCAGCAAGUCCCCUGGAAGUAUGAGGCAUCCUGCGACAACGGACCUAAAGUCGUACUCCCUGGUCUUUUCGAAAUCACAGCUGUUAUCAUUCAUGGAAGCCUCCAGUUCGAGUUUAUGUAUAGCCGAGAAAUGCAACACCAAGAUGCCAUUGGGCAAUGGAUUCGCAACUGUGCUAGCUCCCUCCAGGCGGCGGUAGAAGGCUUGAUGACACAUGAGGAAUCGCCAACAUUGAGUGACUUCCCACUCUUACCUUUAACUUACCCAGGCUUAGCUCAGUUGACCACGGAAGUCCUCCCUCAGUCAGGGCUGUCACUGACCGACAUAGAUGAGAUAUACCCCUGUCUGCCCAUGCAAGAAGGUAUAUUGCUUAGCCAGCUCCGAAAUAGCUCACAUUAUCAGACACGCACCAUGAUAGAAUUGAUAUCGCUCAAUGGCCCAAUCAAUAUGGACCAAAUUCGGGACGCAUGGCAACAAGUUACUGAUCGACAUUCCUCACUCAGGACGGUAUUCGUGAAGAGCAGCAUGUCCACCGCUAUGUACGACCAAUUGGUAUUGAAAUUCAUGCCAGCUCAAGUUAAAAUACUGCCAUGUGCUAUAGAUAACAAUGCAGUUGAGAUGCUCCACAAGGAACGGGGAACUUUCAGUGAGCUUGGAAAACCUCUGCAUCUGCUCACAAUAUGUGAAAACUCUAACGGCCAAGUACUUGCUGAUCUUGGGUUCAAUCAUGCUAUCAUUGAUGGAAUGUCUAUUUCGACCUUGCUUGAAGAUUUUCAGCUUGCGUAUCUUGGGAAGCUCCCCGCAUCUCAAGUCCCCCGUUACAGCGAGUUUGUUACCUACAUUCGGGGAAUGUCACAGCAAGACACUCGCAGCUAUUGGAUGAAUUACUUGAAGACCUCUGAGCCCUGCCUAUUCCCAGUUAUUACGGAUGGAACUUCUAUACCCUCAGAAGAGGAGACUAACAAGCUUGAGAGAGUUAACAUCCGACUUGGCGACUUGUCAAAACUGCAAGAUUGGUGCAGGGAACAAGACAUCACGCUAUCCACUUUGCUCAGAGUAUCCUGGGCUGUUGUGUUACGCUGUUUUACUCAUAUGGAUGAU